AUGGAUGAUGGCGAUGUGGAUGAUUUAAAGUAUUUUGAUCGGCGGAAAGCUGAUUCUGAAACAUUUCUAUUGCCAUCCGACUUCGCAAUGGCUUCAGAGCUUGAUAAUAACUGGCAAAACAGUGAUGAUAGGGCUAUUUAUAGCAGUGGCAAAUUUGAGGGUGAUAUGGAUAUUGAUGUUAUUAAAUUAGAAAGUAUCUAUUCAAAUGUUGAUAAGGAUGAUACAUAUCCGCAAAACAAUGUGCUGUAUAAUGCGGUACGAAAUCGACACCAACUGUGGCCUAGUUCCCGAAUACCGUAUGCCAUGAGUAGCCAGUACAGUCCAUAUAGUCGUUCGGUAAUAGCAUCUGCAAUGGAGGAGUAUGCGCAACGUACAUGUGUUCGUUGGGUACCGCGAUCUUUUGAGGAUUAUGAUUAUAUUUACAUAAUGCCCGAUCGAGGAUGCUAUUCAAUGGUUGGCAAAACAGGUGGCAAACAAACAGUAUCGCUCGGUAUGGGAUGCAUACAAAAGGGCAUCAUAAUGCAUGAAUUGAUGCACGCGGUCGGGUUUUUCCAUGAACAGUCCAGAAGUGAUCGAGAUAAUCAUAUAACAGUGCUUUGGGGAAACAUACAACCUGGAAUGCAGGGGCAGUUUGAAAAAUACGAUCAUGGUAUAAUCGAUUUUCUGGGUGCUGAGUAUGAUUAUGAUUCAAUUAUGCAUUACGGACCGCGAGCAUUUAGUCGCAAUGGUCAACCAACACUAGUGCCGAAAAUUCCCGUUACUAUUGGUGUGACUGAAAUACAGAGCGUAACGGCAACUUCAUCACCUAAAAUUAAUGAAAGUCAGAAACCCACGAAUGCAUCCAUACGUCUGAUCAUCACUGAAUCCUGCAGAAACAUUCGUUCAAAUUGUAAUGAUCUCGUCGUUUAUGGAUGGUGUGUAAGCAACCCACGAUGGAUGAAACAUUACUGCCCAAAAAGCUGUAACAUGUGCAACAAUUUUACAGUUCAGCCAUGUGUGGACCAGCGGUCGGACUGUUUUACACUUGUGCAAAAUGGCCACUGUACAAUUUCAAACGCAUUUAUGCACGUUUUCUGCCCAAGAUCAUGUGAUUUUUGCAAGUCAGUGCAAGUGUUAAACAAUGAAACAGUGACAAUAGCAAAAUUAUCGACUACAGGUUCAGUAAUAACAACUACAACAGAGGCAACAACGAGGAAGCUCAACAGACUAAAACAAUCGUUUGGAACCGCAUGGAGAAAGCUAAUCAAUUCAAAAAUAAAUCCCACUGAAGUAUCUUCAACACAAAAAACGUGCAGCGAUCGGAAACGUUUCUGCACUCAUUGGAAAAAUGUUGGAUUCUGCAAAGGACUGUUUUCUAGUUUUAUGAUAGAAAACUGUCAACGGUCAUGUAAAAUGUGCACUAGUGAUGAUGAAUUUUCCGAGUGA